AUGUCCAAUUCUGCCACAGCUACACCCCUUGCCGAGGGAGACCGCGCCGCCACGCCGGUCGAGGAGCCGAUUUGCAACGAGCUGCACCCGCUGUGGGCUUUCGACGUACUUGUAUCCCACUUUGAAGGGCGUGAGCCAGUCAAGGCGCCUUUUGACAACUACCGGGACGAAUAUGCAUUGUUCGUCUCGUGGCAUGUGGUCAAGCCUGGACGAAAGCCCGCUCUUAGGGGGUGUAUCGGCAGCUUCUCGCCAAUGCCGCUUACCAAAGGUGUCAAGGACUAUUCUUUGAUCAGUGCGCUGAGAGAUCACCGAUUCUCACCUGUAAGAGCUAGCGAGUUGCCCACUCUCGUCUCUCUUCUUACCCCCUUCACGUCCAUCUCUGACCCCCUGGACUGGGUCCCCGGCGAGCACGGGAUCCACCUCACCUUCUCUCACCCCACCUCCCCUUCCAAGACCUACUCUGCCACCUACCUCCCCCAGAUAUGCCCCGAGCAAGGCUGGACUAAAGAAGAGACGGUUCUCUCUGCCAUCCAUAAAUCUGGCUACAGGGGCAAGGUAUCUGUUGGUGACAAGGUGUGGCAGAGUCUGAGUGUGCAGGUAUACGGGAGUGUCAAGGUAGAAGUCGUGUGGGAAGAGUAUGUGCAGUGGAAGGAGGAGAGGGGAGAAGCUAUCAGUGUAAUCAAGGUGUAG